CCCACAGUGAUGACAGCACAUCACCAACAAAGGCAGUUGCAUCGCUCAGAGGUUGUUCUUACUGUUCUGUGCUUCUCGGAGACAAACACUUACAGACCAGUAUGACUCUGCUAUGGAAGAUAUUAUUGGGAAUCUUUCUCAUUGGACAACUCGGUCAAAGUCAAGACCUUCCAGAGGAGAAUAUAGGUACUGAGGGAGGAGAGGACGUGGAAGAGCCUGAGGGUCCGGGAACAGAGGUCAGUCAAUCUGAUCAUGGAAAGCCAUGUGCCAUGUGGAUGGGGGGUGUUCCUGGCACACCUGGGCACAGUGGUAAACCUGGAAGAGAUGGCAGAGACGGGCGUGAUGGACCGAGGGGUGAGAAAGGAGAUAAAGGUGAAGCAGGUGAGAAAGGAGAUCCUGGACAGAAGGGAGACACUGGCCCUGCUGGACCGAGAGGCAUUUCUGGGAACCCAGGUCUGAAAGGGUCCCGUGGUGAAAGUGCUUUGUCUUACCAUUCAGCCUUUAGCGUAGGUUUGAGUGAGGCUGUUUCCACCACCAAUGUGCCAAUCCGCUUCAACAAGUUCUUCUACAAUGACCAGCACCAUUAUGAUGAUGUUUCCGGAAAGUUCCGCUGUGUUCUGCCAGGAGUGUACUUCUUUACUUAUCAUCUCACCGUCUACAUGAAAGAUGUUAAAGUCAGUCUCUACAUGAAUGACAAGCCCAUCAUGUUCACCUUUGACAAAUACCAAGACAGCAACGUGGAUCAGGCAUCAGGUUCUGUUAUCUUGCGUUUGGAGGCAGGAGAUGAGGUAUGGCUGCAAGUCUAUGGAGAUGAGGCAUCUCUGGGAGUGUAUGCAGAUAACACCAACGACUCUACCUUCUCUGGUUUCCUCCUGUAUCCUGAUGUUCCUGCAUCUGCACGGAAACGUUGACAAUACCUAAAUGAAUGAAUUUGGUUUUUAGCAUAGGGAGAUGUAAUUCAGUUUUGCUACAAGCUAAAGUUGUGGGGUUCAGCAAAGUAUUGGAUGUCAUCUGAAAUCCAUUUUUUAUUGCUGUUUUACAGAGCUUCAGACAUAAUGAACCUGCUUUUGUUCUUGAAUGCAUGUUUGAUCAUAACAGUAUAGUAUGUCUGCUUCCCUGUUAUAACUCAGUGCCAAAUUUUUCAAAAUUGUUGAUGAGCUGCCGAGUUUAGAGGUAUAUAUAUA